AUGAGCAAGACUAAAAGCGGUGGCGAGGAUCGCACAGGAAGGUCACAUAAGAGUAGACGAGCUUGCAAUAGUAAAGGAAGGGCAUCCGAGCCAAUGGCCUCAUCAGUCUCGGAGAAGGUGCGGAAAAGUAAGAAGGGAACUAAGAAGGGGGGCGAUGAUCUCGCAAGCAGACCGGAUGAGAGGGAUGGUGAUCUUCUCCCAAGAUCACAUAAGAGCACAAUAGUUCGCGAUGUAUACACAUAUGCUCGCUACAAGGAACAGUUUGGGGAUCUAGAGUCCAUGGGUUACCCUGAGCCACCAAUAACCAUGCCAGAUGAUGACAUGCUUUUGGUUAAUACUUUUGAGGAGACUUUUGGUGACACAUACCCUGAAGGUGAUUGGCUUGAAUUCAGUAAAAAGGCCUCUUCCAACAUAGAUCGCUAUGUUGUCGCGCUUGCUUCAUUCAGUGGAGAGAAAAGGCAUUUUGCAUGCUCAGGUUUUUUUAUCGAAUGGAACGGAUCUACGGUUAUUGUGACAUCGGCGAGCUUGGUCAGGAGUUCAAGUGAUGAGAACAAGAUUGAUGAAAACUUGAGGAUCGAAGUGUUGCUUCCCAGGAAACAGCGCAUAAAGGGCACGCUACAGCACUACAGUUUACACUACAACGUUGCUCUAGUCAGCGUCGAGGGUUGCCGUGUGUUGUGUCCAGCGAUUAUUCAGCGUCUUCGGUAUGUGUGCUCUAAAAUAGCAGCCGUAGGGCGCUGUUUCGAAUCAGGCGCGCUGAUGGCCGUGAUCGCAGAAGAGGUCACCUGGACAGGCACGCUCGAUUGCGUUUGCGUUGAACGAAUCUCACGUAGAAUCACCAAGGCUGGUACGGGAGGACCCCUUGUUAAUUUGGACGGGGAAGUUGUCGGCAUGGACUUCUACGACACGAGGAUCGGAACCCCUAUCGUGAUGUGGGAUCAUGUUCAGUGCAUUCUGGAACAUUUUCGUGAAAAGAGUAAGGCUGGUGAAGUUGGGAAUGACAGUGGUGAGGCUUUCUGGAAAUUGGAUGGGGAUCCCAGCGACAGGCUAAACAGGUGGCCCGUGCCCGCGCCAUGUUGGCGCAGUCGCGACGACGUGGACGCGGACAAGAAAUCCGAGGAGGAUGAGCUGAACCUCGAACCCCCGCCCCCCAGUGACAGUUUCGACUGGAGCUUCAAUUUCUUCAAUUUUUUUGAACAGGAGCCGGGCUCUAAACCCUCAUCCAGCCGCAGAAGCAACGAACCCCGCAGUAACCCAUACAUUUACGGAUACAUAGAUGGGGAGAGAGUUUUGCUUUCUGUUUGA